ACCCGUUGGUCCAAUAUAAAUAUUAUCCAGACAUGGCUUGCAAUUCAUCCUACGGUCCAGUACUCGAUAUUUCGACUUGCAACGAAAUGCGUGAUGCUUAUGCGACUUGUGCUAAGAUGAUUAAAAGAUGUUAUGAUGGUGCUACUACAACUUGUUUAACUUCUUCAAUGUAUUGUAACAAACAUAUCGUUCUUCCUUAUUAUUCAACUAACAGAAAUCCUUAUGAUGUAAGGAAACAAUGUGAUGGUGGGGAUUUGUGUUAUCCAGGCAUAGAUGAUAUUGAAAAAUAUUUAAACAGGGGAGAUAUUAGGGAAGAGCUAGGUGCAAACCCUUGGUUGAGGUAUAGAAUCUGUAACACGCAGGUUACUUUUAGAUUUCAAAUGGCUGGCGAUCUAAUGAAACCUUUUCAUAUUCUACUUCCACCUCUUUUGGAUGAUGGUAUACGUAUUUUAAUAUAUGCGGGUGAUGCAGAUUUUAUCUGUAAUUGGAUUGGGAACGAUGCAUGGACUAAAGAGUUAGAUUGGAGUGGCAAACAAGGAUUCAAUGAUGCAAAAACUAGACCUUGGAAGGUCAAAGGUGAUAAAUCAGUGUAUGCGGGUGAAUCUAGAACUUACAAAGGACUUACUUUUUUAAGAGUUUUUGAAGCGGGACAUAUGGUUCCAUACGAUCAACCUCGUUCUAGUUUGGAUUUCUUCAAUAG